AUGAUGAACACCACCAUAUUCUUCCACAUCUCUGUCAACCAUGAGCCCUUUGGCCUCUUCUACUAUAAGCUAUUUAGAGACAAAGCUUUAAAAACAGCAGAAAACUUUAGUGCUUUGAGCACUGGGGAGAAAAGAUUUGGUUAUAAAGAUUCCUGCUUUCACAGAAUUACUCCAGGAUUUACAUGUCAGGAUGGUGAAUUCACACACAAUAAUUGCACUGACAGGAAGUCCAUCUAUGGGGAGAAAUUUGAUGAUGAGCAUUUCAACCUGACACAUACAGAUUCAGAAAGCAUGUCAAUAGCAAAUGCUGGAUCCAACACUAAUGGUCCCCAGUUUUUCAUCUGCACUGCCAAGACUGAGUGGUUGUAUGGAAAGCAUGUGGUCCUUGGCAAGGUAAAGGACGGCAUUACUAUUGUAGAAGCCAUAGAGGUCUGUGGGUCUAGGAAUGGCAAAGCCAGCAAGAAGAAUUUAUGA